AUGACUAAAUAUGACAGCCAAGGAGUCCCAAUUUUGGGAUUUUAUAAUCCUGCGGGGACAAUUCUUUACCCCCACGGCCUUUACUCCUAUUCCAUGGGAAACACAAGAGCGAGAGAUAUCACAGAGCUGUUAGGAACUUCGAAGAAACAACAUUUAGACUUGCUGCUUUUAGCCUCGGGGGAUGUUAGAAACGUUUUAUAUACUGUGUCUGAAAUUUCGCUAAGAAAAGCUAAGGAAUGUCCUAAAAGUUUAAGUUUUCACUUAAAUGACUAUGAUCCAUCGGUAGUCGCUCGAAAUGCGAUCUUGCUCGAGGUUGCCAGUUCGAUAAAUACUGAUGUCUCAGAUGACGUUGAUUUCUUGUGGAACACCUGGUACAACAUGACGCUUUCUGAAACACAUUUUGCCAGGCUACAACGGAUUCUUUCAGAACUGAUCGACAAAGGUUUUGAUAGCGACGAAUUGACUGUCUUAAAGUUUCAAGAUAGUGCUGUCCUUAAAGAGUGUCGUGAUAUUUGGAAGGACUGGGUGAAGCUUGACCUCAGCGUAAACAGUGUCAAAGAAGAAAGGAACAACUUUAUAGAGAAAGAUAGACAAAGAAUAGGCUCUACAAUGGAAAAUCAAUGCUUUGGAGUUGUAUCGAAAAUGGAAAUAGGAAUUACACACGAAGACGGAGACGAAGAUGCCGAAGAUGUCUCAUCGCCAGAAAGGACGUUUUCAAGCCAGUUUAAGCCAGAAAUAAAGCAUUGGUUCAUGGAGGGGUCCACGAGCGGUGAUUCGAAUAAAGUGAACCCAACCUUGAUUCGCCCAUUUGUUCACAAGUGGAAGCAGCACUAUGGAGCGUGUGCCUUUGAUGGUUACCUUCCAAUUGACAAGUGAGUACCGAAUUCUCGAUUUCUUCCGUUUUCUAGUGCUCGCCAUGGCGACGGCUACCAAAACGUCACUUAACAAGACGCUGUGGAGCGUACACUUCGGCGUCGUGGUUGUGGAACUGAUUAAUUGUAAAUGCGGAGGAAUAGUAAGAACUGAAAUAUAGUAAGAGUAAGGAGUUAAUUUGUGAAAUUAUGGGAUUUGUCAGGAUAUUCUGAAAAGAGUAACAUCCAAGAGGCCUACUUGCCAAAAACUAGCAUUUCGGGGCAAAUUGUCUCUGAGAUAUUUGCCCAGUUAUGCUCUGAUGACUCCAUACAAAUCGUUCUAAAUUUGACUUGGGUCUAAACGUUUAGACCUAAGUCAAAUAUGAGGUUACUGGCGGUGAAUACCAAGUCUAACAAAACAAAGCACGCGACUGACCGAACACAAACGAGCGACGAGGAAUGGUGACGUCAUUAAUCACAUUGCUGAACGCCAUUUACAGACGAAACAUCGAAUUGACUGGGACUUUGCGACAUGUAUAACGUAUUCUACAGACUACUAUCAACGUCUUACUUUAGAAAGCUGGUUUACUUAGAACAAACGCCACUGAAUCGUAGCCAACAGUUACCAGCGCCGUACAAACGACUUAUUGACGAGAUGAAGCAAAACUAACUACGAGAGAACGACUGGAGAACUGACAAUUUGACUAACAAUAGACGACUGUUUAACUGUGACAAUAGACGGAUCGAAACGCGCCAAUUACUGAUUACGAGUCUUCAUAGCCAAUAAUAUCACGGCUUGACUGACAGACGACCAAUAACAUCGCGACGUAAUUGACCAAUCAGAUCAAUAACCAGAGUAUGAUACCAUCAACUGACGUGAUACAACUCACUUUGACUCUGAAGAUGACUACCGCACUCCGUUCACCCGGACAAUGAAACUGAACCCUACUUUUGAUAUGACUCCUGGGUUCAAACCUUUCACAGUGAUAAAAGAAUUCUCUAUUUUUCUUAGUCAUAUCAGGCUUCAAAAACAGCAUAGCAGUCUCGUGUACUGAUUAAAGAUAUGUAAGGUAUGGGUAAGGAGUCAAUGAUGUUGAGCAUGGAAUUGGCUAAAACUCAAUGUUACGAGUUCGAAUGAUUUUAGUAUAAUUAUUCACUGACUAUCAGCACGCAGUGACGUCGGAUUAACACAAGGAAGUUUAAUACCAAAGGAACAUAGUCUUUAGAGAGCUUUAAAAUACAGCAUCCGCCAACACAAACUUGACUUGAACUUAAGUAAAACUAAACAGCCUCUGCCAAUAAUAACAAACUCUCACUUGAACUUCAGAUAUCUUGCGGCUUCUGCCAACUUGAAAAUCGACCUUCGUCACACUUGACUAAGCACAGCACUCCAGCUCGUGGGAAAAAACUUAGUUCGUCAAAAGAACUCGGUUGGAACUUGUAUACCUUUUUGACAUAAGGUUCUAGAAAAUACUAAACAGGCGAACAAUAGUAAGUUUUCGACAUAUUUUAUGAUUUCGGUAACUGAUGCAAAUCUGCUGACUCAUGCUGAAAUGUAAACAUGCCCUAAUUGAUUAUCCAAAAACGUAGAGAACGUUCGAGAAAGUCACGCGACGCAUGAAAGCAAUUUUACUACGUAACACUCAACAAAGACAAAACGUCUUUGUGCAGCAUUUUGUAACUUAAAGUUCAUUAUAAAACAGUUCGAAAGGAGCGCUCACUCGUGAAAUGUUUUCAACACUCGAAGAGAAAUUUCGUGUCUCUGCGCAGCCAUGUAAUAUCCUCUAUUUAUUCCUCGAGGAAAUUAAAGACUAAACUCGAAGUGAUCUGAAGAUAUCACGAAGUAGUCCGGUCUCAUUUCGUAAAAUAGCCGAAACAAGCCGAAAAGUAUGUCACGAACUUUCGCGCCCAAUCUUGUCCCGAAACUAGUGCAUAAAUUCAUAGCUAUACUACUUUUAUAGCGUGUGUCGCAGUAGCGCAAUCGGCUAAUUCCUCAACUUAGAGUGUCCUUUGAUCUGACGGGUCACACAGGUGAGUCGGUUAUAAACCCCGGGAAAGGCAAAAUAAUUCUUUCUUCCUCGAAUAAGUUAAAGAAUAAAUCAAAGAAAUCGAAGUGAUCUCGAGAUAUCUCGAACUAAUUCGGCUCUUACUUCGUCAAAUAGCCGAAUAAAACCGAAAACCUACAGACUUUGAAUGCCCAAUCUUGUCCCAAAAAUGUCAACUUUGAUACAUUUCUGAGCGUCGCGAAUCCUUUACUUCGCGCUCCGCUGAAGUAAAAAGCCGUGAAGUCGCGCUGCUCCAAACUUUAUCGCGCUUAUUCUAUCUCAUUCAAUUUGUCAAAUCUUGGCAACUUUUCCUGGAGUUGAAUUCUAAAAGACUGUAUCGAAGUUCAGAAAAAGAAGACGAAAGUCGUUGCCUUGUGUUCACGUCCUCCACAAAACGUGAAAUUAGACAUUUUCACGUCGUAAACGUGCAGCGACGGCAAAAAAAUGUACAAAAAAGCGUGAGGCAGGUGCAAAUAAAAGUAACGUGAGUCGCGUCACCUCUUUCCACCUCGUUCCUCUCGCUCUGGUAUCUCUACGCCCGUUUUCAAAGUUUGUAUUUAGGCCGGGAAAGAAACAGUGAGUAAACUACCACAAACCAUUUGUGCUAAUUGCAAAGCCUAGGAUGGUAACAAAGUUACCAAUCUAGUUUUCACAGGACGUUACUGAAAUAGCCUGUCAAAAAAGCCUUCUCUCUCACUCUUCGCAAAAUGUCCCUAGCGGCGAGGAGGGAGGGCUGUUUUCGCACGCUAUUGCUGGAAGGUUUCAGUUCGUAUUUGAGGUGUGAUUCUAGCAAAAACAAGAAAUCAAAAUUGUGUCUGCUUUUUCCUGAUCCACAAUACGUCUAACUGCUACUGUCUGAGAAUUUCUGUAAAUGAUAUCCGAAAACUUUUGAGUACCCUGAAAGGGGUAGUCGCCUGUACUUUAUCACUGAUCUGCAUCAGGAGUUGCUUGUUACGUUACUGAAUGAUGUAAAAUGCAGUAGAUGUUUUUUUACUUGCGUCUCUCGUUUAAAGCUGAUCCUUCUUUUGCAGAAAAGACCUGCUUCGAUGUAAAACGCUAACAGAUGCCUGUAAAGAGAGCUUAAAAUUUCUUGUAAAAUGCUACCAAAACUAUAAAAGGAGUCACGCAUUGAAGGUAAGAUUUGUCUAUCCGAGAUAUUGGGCAAUAAAAAACCACCACAAGUGAUUUAUUUAGCUGUCUGAUUAGCCAUGUAUAUACUAAUAGAAUCUUCAGGCUACCAUAACAAGAAAUUUCUUGCUAGAAAAUAUACAAACAUGUACCGUAUGUAAAAUUUUAAAACAAUUAGACCCCGUCGACACGUAUACGGAUAUUUUUGUAUCCGCAACUUUUUCUUUCCGGAUUCAAAAAUUUCCACGUUCACGCGUAUCCAUAUUCAAAUUGAAUUUGUCCGUCCACACGUACCCGACACAUAUCCGGAUUCACUCUACUACCCAGGAUUCCUCUGGAAAUAUUGGUAACAGAGCACGCGUCGUAAAGCGCGGCGAAAUUGGUAUCUUGCUCUGUCUUGAGAGAACCUGGGAACGAGGUUACCAUCUCGAAUACAGUAUUCACGGUAAAGAACUGGGCUCGAUCUUGUUACGUCAUCGGAUAAAAAUAUCCGGAUUAAGCGUCCACACGAUUCCGGAUUCACAGCGUAUUCAAAAAUUUCCACUCUGGAGAGCGGAUUCAAAAAGUUGCGGAUUCGUAUGCCGGAUUCACCGGAUACGUGCGGACGGAAGCCGUAUCCGGAAAGAAAAAGUUUCGGAUUCAAAAAUAUCCCGAUACGUGUGGACGGGGCCUUAGUUAAGUUUACUUGGUUGUAUCAGUAGCACUUCUGAGGAAGCCAUGAUCAGGCUUAAAGUUGUAUCGUGACUGUUUCUGAACUUAAACUUAAAUCUAUUAUAUUUUGGGGGUGCUAGCCGAGGAAUUGAUGUCAACACUGUAAUUAAAAUCUUGUUUAGUGUUCAUCAGACACUUAAACAUUCAAUUCACCACCUUUCCACCCAUCAGCGACCUAAGUUGUGGGGAGAAACUCUUUGGAGAAAUCCAAAUCAAUAUUCUUCAAUCCAAAAACACUCAUUUGUUUUGGGUCUCAUUUGGGAUCCAAAAUUAAUAAAAAUCUAAGAAUUAAUUCAUCAGAACAAACUGACUUCUCGUUGCCAUCGCCUUCUUCGUUGGUAAAACUCUGAAAAAGAUUUUGUCAGAUUUGUUUCGUUUUUUUUUUUGGUUCUGUUCCGUCUUUGUUUAAAGGUAACCUUGUGGACUGGCGAUGGCCUUUCUCUGUGUGCAAAUGGUUUCCUUCCAGACCUUGCAUUUGAUGUCAUUGACACCAGUAAUGUUAGUGACCAUAUUGGCCUGCUCAAUGUUCUCGUUUGUUGUGCACCAAGGCUGAAAGAGUAAGUUCAACGCUCCACUAGUAAACUAACUGUUGCCAAAUUCUGCUUGUUGGCCUGUACCAUUUAUUUCUCAUCGUCCCUUGAAUUUGUUUCGUUUGACAUUGAAAAUGAGAAUGGUGGGUCAACCUUGCCAUUCGAUGCUUCUGUAACAAGGUUUUGUCCAGGUAGGAGUGUUGACCCCAAGCAAACUUAUUUAAAUAGGCCAUUUGCACAAUGACAUCAUUUUACUAGUACAACCAGAAUCCUUCAGGGUUUUGCUUCUUGUACAAAUUGGGGCUGGGAUUACAAAAUUUAAAUAUGAAAGGAACUGAAACGAAAAGGAUUCUGGUUGUAGUAGUUAAACGAGGCCAUCGUGCAAAUGGCCUAUUCUGGAAAGGAGAAAAUCCAGAGUAGUUUGUACUCUACCCUUUGACCCGUCCAGCAUAGUUGAUUCUACGAGGAGCUAUAGUGCUCCUGCUGACAUAGCCCUCCAGGUUGCUGCAUGUGUGGCACGUAAACCACCACACAACGACAAGGAAUUGACAAUGCGGACCCUAACAUGUGGACCAUUGGGCUACGAAAAAUGGCGCGGACAAAUACAUCGUAAUCGGUUACUGUAUGAUCACACAACUGGUUUUAGUAGUGAGAGCUUUUUUGCUAUGUUCUAUUCGCAGACCAGCCACAUCACUUUUGUAUACCUCGAGCAUUUCAUGGAAAAAUAGCUGUCAAAGUAUUGAGGACUUUUACAACAGAUGUAUUGGUGUUCCAGUGCAACUUCUUCCAACUAUUCUUGGUUUGAAGCUGGCUGUUAAUCUAGAUCUUGGUAGCAGGUACUAAUGUCUUUUCGUAGAUCGUUGACUUGAGUAUGGUACAAUUUUGAUAAGUUUAUGUUCUCUUCCUCUUGCACCCCAGUGAACAUUAAAAGGUGGUUCCGUCAUUAAAAAAAGCGCAGUGAACUAUGACUACGAACUUUUUGUCAUAAACUUUUUCGGUUUUAACGCGAUGGCAACGAAAGUUUGAGAAGAACUUCAGCCAUCACCAGCUAUCACAUCAUCAGCCAUCAUGAAAGUCCUGCUGUUUUGUUUUUGAAGAUAAACUGAUAGACCUCUUCGUUUAUGCCAAAUACGUAGUUAUGUGUGGUUUCGUUCUUUUGGGAAAUCCUAGUUUUGGAAAUCAAGGCAUUUUUCUGCAGGCAAAUACAUAAAAAAUUAAAAUAAAUAAGUAGAAAAUGAUGAAUUUCUUUCAAAAACUAAGGUGAAAAAGGUCCAAGUACAGAUUUUAUUUGCAGAGGCUAUGAGCGAAGUUCCUAUAUAAGAAUCCAAAUCCAAACCCAAACAUCAAUUUCUCAAUGGACGGUACCCUUAAAUCUGAUUGGCUUUUGCUCUUUCUGUAGUAAACUGCCAGACACCAGAUCGUCCAACGAGGAGAUUCUCUUGUGGGUAAAAGCGGAGCCUAAGAGGACCUUGCUGGCAAUAGGUUAAGUUACAUCACCAAAGAGAAAUGCUAGUUGUUGGCCUAGUUUUUAAAUAAAUCCCUGGAUCAGGAAAACACUAAAGCGUACACUUCUAUUGCGACUGAGCUCAAGUUCUUUACAAGUUUUUUUUUCUUUUUUACGGGAUAGAAGGCUAUAAAAUGCCGGAUAACUAGUAAAGAUUGCAAAGCCUCCUGCCAUUUCUCUUAAGUAUCUUUUCCGACCAGCUUCAAUUUUGCAGUAGAACUUCAAAGAAAAAAUAAGAAAGUUAUCAGCUGUUCUUGCAACCAACUACUGGUCCCCUUUCCACCGAAUCAGUGACCAGUCGUCUUGACCAUCUCAUCGAUGUUAAGGAGGGUGUUCAAAGGAGAGCAGCGCUAGCAUUAACUCGAAAGGUAUCGUCGUUUUUAACUGUUGCAUUGAUGCAAAACUUUCCAGUUUAAAAGGGCUUUAAAAACGCUUUGCUUGGAACGCAAACUGAUUGCCUCUUAAAAACCAUUUUUUGCACGAAGUUUUACUGCAACAGUCACUUAAGAAUCGUGCUAUAUAUCGUGAAUAUGAAAUUGUUUACCAAGAGGGCUUACGAUGUCGAAAUUAAAUAGAAAUUACUCAGAAAUUUGUUUUUACGCUUACAAUUACAGAUGAAAAUGGUGAUGUUGCUCAGGCCUUGCUUCGCCUUGUUGAACGGUGCUUUAACUUAUUUAAUGAACCUGAUAGUAAAGAUGGAAUAACGUUGUCCUCCCCGCUGACUUUCCUCAGAAUUGUCCGUCAGAUACAACCUCUGGUCAGAGGCGGAGGUAAGGCAGACAGUGGUGUUGCGCUGGUCUAGCUUCCCAUGCAGACGUUCUCAAGGAAAGCGGGACAAAGCCCUAAGAACGUUAGCGUACGAGAACAGACGCCUUUCUCGGCUCUUGUUUCACCCGCCUAGAAAGUGAAAUCUCCCUUAAUCUUCCGCCAUGCAUUUUGUUUCCCGCGUAUAGCGAGAUCCUCACGCAAACCGCAUUCGUGUUAGCACCACAAAAAUAAGAGCCGAAUUAUGGUUGGUUGAAAAAUACUGACGUCGCGGAAAUCGUUUCCCAGCGCGGAAUCGCAGACGCUAUUUUCUUAAUUCUCAUUAUUGACCUUUUCUCAAAUUCUCCCCACUACGUCUACUUCUAGAAACGUAUGGGAAAAGAAAGGAGAAUUUGUAUUUUAAUCCUGGGACUGAAAAAUUUUAACAAGCAUGGUGCUGGAGAGGGAAGGGCAAGUAGAUGAUAAUAACGAGCACCGAGCGGUUUCGUAACUAAAACAUUUUAACAAGCGUGGUGCUGGAGACGAACAAGAAGGGCAGGUAGAUGAUAAUAACGAGCACACAGCGCUUUCUUAACUAAUCUCCCCAAAAUACCUUAUUACAUGAAUUUUUCGCGACACGUUAAUUUUGCGAAUUUCGUGAAAGUCGUUUUAUUUCAUUCAAAGACUUGUUAAAUAGCAUUGUCUGUGAAAUGUAAAUUAUUGUACUCAAAAUCGCGAAUUUAAACUGAUUCAAAAUAUAAAAUUUAAAAUCGCGAAAUAAACAUGUCGCGAAAAUUUUAUGUAAUAAGGUAAGGGAUCGCGAGUUACUAGGGACGUGGCAGAUUUGCCUCAAACAGUGUAUGUAGCCUGUGUACAGACCCCCCCUCCCCUCAGUAAAAAUCGGAGAAGGGACCCUUCUCCGAUUUUUACUGAGGGGAGGGGGGGUCGGUACACAGGCUACAAACAGUGUACUCUGGCACUAGCUACGUGGAGAUCACGUGAAAUCUAACAAUAAAACUUCCUUUCCGGCAAAACUUUGUCCGUGGAGGACCGACAACAGUACUGACAAUGCACUGUUACCCGUCAAUAUGUAUUGACUUUUAUCUCAUUUCAUGUUGGAAAUUUCAUAAAAUUAUUAUAUUUUUUGUUGUGCUCUCUUUCUCUGAUAUCAAAUCACAAAAUGGACGCCCAAUGAACAAAAAAUAAAUAGUAAUUUUUUUCUUUUGCAAACGUUGUGUGUAUUUGUUUCUUAGCCACAGCCCUCCUCAAUCUUCUUGAAAGUAAGCUACCUUCUGAUUUCAACAAAAAGUUUGGUCUCUCGUGGAAUUUGGUAAAAGCCUCAGUAGGAAGUGAACGAGGUAGGAGAAAAUUUCACAUUGUUUUCUCAAGCGAUACACCACCACCUUUCCUCUUUGAGUGACAUUACCAGUGAAAAUGCCAGACCGUAAUUUAUCGGUAUAUUCUCUUUUCCUUUCAGAGCCUAUUGUUGAAAUAAAAGUAUCGACCUUAAUAUCCGUCGUUCCUCGGUUUGAAGGAACGCUUAAUCUGAUGGCUUGCAUUGCUAACCACAAACCAUUUAAAGAGGGAGAGUUUCCUAAAAAUGCCUUGGUAAAUAUAUUUCUAUUUAUUUAACAAUAUACCCUCGUGUGGACUUUUUUUGAUCGGGAAGUCAUCACUUCCAGUUCCAGUGUAAUAAUUUCACGGUGAUUGUAGCAAAAAUUGAUGCUCCGAAUAGUCGGCGUAAGGAAGCUCUGUUAAAAUGGUAAGCGUCUAUCACCCUGCGCAUUGAAUUUCAUCAUUUAUUUUGCAUUGCGUUCUUUUGAAAUGCUUGCUAGAAUUCAUAACUACACUAGAAAAAUUCAUAAAAAAAGGUGACGGAUAUUUCAGAGAGGGCAUAAAAUAAUUGGUAUCUCUGGGUUUUUUUUGUACAGUAUUUUUCGCCAUCACCCGCAUAGUACUUUUGUACAAAAGUUUUGUGUUAACAAUUAAAUCUUCUCUUGUUAUCAUAGGAUUUUUUAUUUGGUCUACCUUUACCUUCGGAAGAUACCGACUAUUCAAUAAUUUACAACAGCGUACGAUAUGAUGACACCGCUCAAAUAGUGACGUUCCAUCUGCGAGAAAAGGACUGGAACGAACUCAAGUCGAAUUCCUGUAUGUGGAUUGCCUCUAAUGACCAUGUUCGGAUUCCAUUCAUAAAACAAAAGAAGGUUUUUCUCGGGAGUGAAAGUGUUAAGGCCGUUGAACAGGUUGAUCCUGAAGAGAAAUUCGGUUUGUUCGCUGUGCAGACGUUUGAGGUUGAAUCGUCCAGCGAUUGUGAAAUUCUAAAGGUACGUUUUGGCUAUCAGUACUGAUGUUAAAAUUGCUAUCUACUGCUAACUGCACUGUGUGAGCACUCAAGAAUUAAAUAUACACUCUAGUACAACUAAACAGAACCUGCCAGUAGUUAAAUGAAGCCCAAAAUAUGUCUAAUUACUUGGCCUAGGAGCGAAAACUGAUUCCAGUGAUUACAACUGAUUACAACUAGUUAAAAUUCUAUUAGGUUACUCAAUAUGGACCCAAAAAUCAGGCUAAGAAAAACAUAUAUCAGUGCUCUCAUUACAGUUUUUUGUAAAUAUGCAAUAUUUUGUCAAUAGACCAGCUUUUCACCAUUAUACAGUUCUAUUGUAGAACGUAUCACGUUGAAUUCUGAAGACGGAGUACCGAAAACUGACCAGAAUUAUAGCUGAGAAUGGUUGAAAGUUAGCGAGACUACCCAAGCUAUUCACAAACAUCUACCACUUGCCUUCGUAUUUGAAUUAAAAAAAAAGGAUUCCAAACAAAAGUAAUCUUUCUGUUCUAUAUAGGUUUUGAAGGUCCAGGAAAACACUUCUUCAUACAGCGUGGAGCUUGAAAUUUUGGAUGCGAUCAAAUGUAAAGGAAAGGAGAUGAAGACUAGAUUUCUUCCAGUCAUUUGUCCAAAUAAAGUUGCAAUAUACUUCCAAGGAGCUGAAAGGUGGGAUACCUACCUCCUUCCGAUUAUAGAAGGUUCUUGUGAGCGUGAAACUGGCGGCAUUGUUAUAUCCGGGGUGCUCAUUUUCUUGACUUGUUCCCAACCUUCUCGAGGCUUACGUUGCUAAAAAAGAACCUACAGCAUCUCGCUAGCUAGGCAAGCUAGCGUGAAAAGUGUUACAAAUUUCGAAAGUGUAGGUGCUAUGAAAAUUAGGUGCCAGUUAGAGCAGGUUACGAAGUAGAUCAUUCCGGUGGUCAGCGGAUGUUGUGUAUGGUGUCCCGUAGCCGGCACAGUGAAGGUUGCUAGGCUUGAUGCCACCACCUCUGAAUCAGGCAGUUAAUUUUUCGUUUAUUCCAGUCAAGGAUUGUUCUCGGGAAAAAUACCACUUGUUAGUAGUCAUCACGAGAAAGGGGUAAUUCAAAGUUCAUGCAGUUGAGCUGGAUGGUCUUAUCAUUGGGUUCAAUUAAUCUUGUGUACCUAAGUCGCCGGACCAGUUUGCCGUUGUGAAACUUGUAAAACAAGGAGAAGGGGUGCAUAGAUCUGCAUAAGCAUUCCUCUGUCCUGAGAGACUUCCAUCCGGGUUGUUUGAAGAAUAACUUAGGUGAAAUUCCUCUCAUUCUUGGAUGGAAUGUCUCCAAAAGACAAACCAUCGUGUUUCGGAUUUAACAUGUGUCAAGGUGUAAUUUCAAUGUCCCGUGUGUUCACAUGGAUGGCUUUGGAAAGUUUUGAUGAAUUUCCUAAAUUCUUGGUGUUUAAAGAAUGAAUUUUCGCCUAUAAAUAUAAGAAUGGGGACAGUUUCAUUCCGGCUCUUGGUCAAGGCUAGCGCUGUCUUCAGGUCUUGCUAUGUUCAUUUUUACUAGUAAUUAUACUUAUUGUUGUUAAAUGUUAAUGAAUUAAGUUUAGUUUUAAAGAUUUUCACAUUUUAAUGUAUUAUAGUUAUUAGUAAAAUUCAGCUAGUGGUUUAUUAUCAAUGCUGCGUUCUGAUUGGUUGAGCUUCUACUAGGCUUGGAUUUGGACUAGUUGGAUUUUACUACAACAAUUAUUCCUCUCGCCCUCAUGGGCUAUUGACUCAGAGCCCGUUCGGGCUCGAGGAAUAAUUGUUAAUUAGUUAAUAUUAUGUGCGAAACUAUUUUAUGAAAAUUCUUGGCUCAGAGUUGUAAUGGUCAAUAGCAAGACGUCAUAACUACUUAUGCUUGUGUAACCCUUAAGUUCCUUUACGUAGUUAUUUAAAAAGAUCUAGAAGGGUGAGAAAUUAUUUGAAAAUGUCAAACUAUGUUAAUGGGUCUUUCAUAGGGAAGAAUGCAUCAUCCACUUUUCUUGUGUUGUCGACGAGAAUUCUUCAAAGUUCCGAAUUUCGCGUAAGCAAGGAACAAUCCAAUGCCACAUUCCGAAGAGAGAGGACGGAACCGUGGGUGAACUGGUGAUAAAAUGUCCAGCGCCAAUUCCAUUUCACGUCAUGCCAUUAUGGGAUCUAAAACGGAAAGACUUACUUGCACAGUAAGUACAGCUGUUGCCUCACUUAAGUCUGCAUCCCACAGCAGAGCUUUAACCAUUUCCGUCGCAUUAUUUAUACAACAACUUUUCGUUUAAGGAACCUUUUUCAGCAACAGUGACGGGUGCCUGAAAAAUUGCAGUUUGAAUAACCUAAGCCGGUAAAAAAGACAUUAGAACUUUCUGCAGGAUGCCAAAAGUUUCAAUUGAUGUUUUAUACCGUUUCCACCAAAAUUCUGUCACUUAGACACAGCUUUAUUUACUUCAUUGCCGGUAAAAAAAACAAUUUCUGUGCUUAAAGGUUAGGCCAAGUCACUGGCAGUCAACAAUAUAAAAAUGUUAGUAGAGUGUCUACUUAUGAAAACUACUUAUUACAGGGUAUUUUGAGAACGCAGAAUUUUCCGUAAAUCCAAGAUGGCAGCCUAAGUUUAAGACCAUCGCCGCGGUACACCGGGGUUUAGAUUUGUUGAUUUUGUGUAACACGGGACACCCAUUUAUACUUCAAGUAAUUAUGUUUCGAUUAAUCUAUACGUCCUUAGUUUCCGACAAAAUGUUAUGUGAAUGUCAUCUCACCACAUCAAGUCAUCAGAUACUUUGUAUAAAAGAUACCUUCUAUUCUUCUCGUUUUCAUUUAUUUGACUUUCGAUCUUCAUUGUAGAUUAUGCGGUACAAUGUUUCGGACCAAGCAAGAUUGGGAACUGAAGUCUCGAAAAUCAAGUGGUCCGCCAUUUUUUGACCUGAGAGAGAGCAUUGCAAGUAUUCUAUAUGGGCACAUAACAGACCCAAAGGUUAGACAAGAAGAACUGUUGUUAUUUUUGUUGAAGUUAACUUUAUAAUUAUAAAUUACAUGGUUGGUUUAGUGAACGGAGGGCGGACGAAUCCUGUGUUUCUACUGGCUACGCGAGCGGCCACAAUUAGCCACCCAACAAAAGAAUUCUUAGCCAUUUCAGUAAGAAAACCUUUCUUGUUCGUCCAAGAUAGCUGGAUAUUGACCUCAUUUUUUUUCUUCACUAUCACUUAGUAUCCGAAAUCAAAUACUUUUUUACUUAAUAAACCCGAUAUCAAAGCAUUGAUGCUGUUGUUAUUCGCCACUACUUUUAAAACGCGUACUUUCUAUACACUUUUUCUGUGCACUUUCUUGACUUUAUAACACUCAGUUUUUUUGCACAUUUUUAGACACAAUUUAUUUACUUUCAGGUCAAGGAUGGUAUCUUUUGAAAUCUAGAGGAAACAGCUUAGCUUUAUCGUUCCUCACAUGAGAUUAAGCUUUGACUUUAAAAAGCGGGCACGUACCUUAAUAACCGAUCAAAGCGCAUCAAAUGUACUGCCUUUUAUACCAAAUAAUAGCGUUUUUUCUUUUUAUUAGCAUCCUACAAUAUAUUGUCUUGAUGAACGUGGGAUCAUUGAAGAGCCAUAUCAGACACCAAACGACUUUGCGAGGAAAAGAGGAUUUAUCAUCAAAGUACUGGAAUUGUACAAAUGGAAGAACGUGCCUGUUGCUAAAGUACUCUUCUAUGAUUGCGAAAAGUAUGCCUCUCAGAUUCUUGAUGAAAAGACAUUCCCGCGAGUAUGGCGCUUCUCGCCGCUACGCGUUCCACACAAGGUAGAACGCAUUGGUGCUUAUCGGCAGGUAGGUCGCGCGGUUGUAAUAUAUCAUUGAGGGCACAAUUGGGAAUAGGAUGGAUGAUACCCCUUAAGGUUCUUGGAAAUCAUCUCUCCUAAUACUGACAAUAAGUAAAUAGGGUUGGCAUAUAUGUGGUAGCGAGUGUGUGCUUUCGUGUUAAAUGGCGUUCCAGUGACGCAAGCCAUAGAAGACUUCAUGUAAGAAAAUUGUCAACCUCAUCACCAGGACUUUUCCCUCACACUUCUAACUGAAAAGCCGUGGGGACGAGGUUGGAAAAUACACUUGUUUGAGGGUCUAAAUGGGCUGGCGGCUUUUACGGUUAUCGGCUAAAAUUUUGGCUCUUUUACGGCUAUCGGUUAAUUUUUUUCAGUUACGGUUAACAAAAAAGUUAAAAAUUAAUUUCUUUUGUUUAAAAGAGUAAAAUAUUAACAAACCUCUAUUCUGGUAUCUUUAAAAGCAAAAUAAAGAUCUUAGAAUCAUCUCGGGAUAAAUUUAGAGAAAAUAGAAGGGCUUUCGUUCACCGGGGACAAAGCAAACUGUCCUUAACUUUUAACGAGCUGUCCGUAUUAAGUAUUAAGCCGGCGUCCGUACGGGCGGGGUUUCACUGCACUUUUAAGGUAUUUCACUUUUUAUACUACUACAUGAGAAAUUACUGCAAUUUGAUUGGCUUAGAGCAGUGGUAUUUCAGCUUAAUUUGAUAUACCUACAUGUGGAAAUUACAAACCUUUUGUGGGUAGUAGUAUAAACAAAUAAUAGCAUGGUUUGUACGUGAUAUUUGGCAUAAAUACCACUCGUGAUAUUUCAAAAUUGUCUCAAAUUUCACUCGCCUAACGGCUCGUGAAAUUACGUAUGACAAUUUUCGAAAUAUCACUCGUGGUAUUUAUACCAAGUAUCACUACAAAUCAUGCUAUUACCUAUACUAAUAUUAUUUUACGCAUAAAAAUGUCAACAAUUUUUUGUCCCUAGGCCUCAUUAUUCUGCGCGGCCAAUGCGUUUUCGGUCACGUGGUCCGAACUAGUUGUGUCUUGAAUACGCCAUCGAAAUGCGGUACUUACUGUUCACCUGGCAUUCACUGCUGCUGCAGCUGCUGCUGGGUCGAUAAAGAAUAAUUUUCUGUUUUGCAGCUGAUUUUGGCGAGGCUUAUAGUCUUAGACCGAACUUCCUGGCAAGCUCGUCAAGGCAGAGAAGGUCAAAAACGUUUUCCUUAAAUGUUAAAAGUGUCCGAAGCUCCUAGUUUCCUGCCUUGUAUCUUUCUAUUACCCUCUCUUUACCCGUUGGAAAAAUACUAACAACAGCUUUCAAUACUUACACCGAUUAACUCAUAUGCACACACUGGAUGGCGAAAUUGGAGAUCUAAAAACAAAGUGCUGUCAACUCGUCCUACAAAACGCAGGCCAAAUGAGGUCAAGCAAGACUCCCGGGGAUCCUGAAAAGGCACUUGGCCUAACGUGCACAAGGAGUCAAAGUAGCCGCGAAAUAACAAACGCAACCAGUCAUAAGUUUAGCACCUUCCUUAUUAAAAUUAAGAACUCUAGGGAACAAUUUCAUUUACGGUUAACUCUUUUUUACCCUAUUUACGGCUAACGGUUAAAAUUUUCCAAUUUUUACGGCUAUCGACUAAAUUAUGGCUGUUUUACGCCUAUCGGUUAACCUCAUUGAGACCCUCUUAUUUCCACCAAAUCGUGUCUAACGAGACAGGUGGAGCAAGCGUAACUGAAAAAGCUGAAAAAGGGCCCGGAAUUGCACGAUCCGGCGUAUGCCUAAACGUUUUUCCGUGUUGUGAACGCAAAGAGCCUUGGGAAGGGUUUCGUACUUUCAAAGGUGCCUUACGCCCUUCGAAAAUGUGUUCCCAAACUUGCUUCUCUCUCCACCUGAGUAAGAGGCAAAGACACAGGGUGACUGACUCCCACGCGUUUACCGCGCAUAUGUUCGCGUUAGGCUCUGAUUGGAUCCCAGCAUAUAAGCUCAGUCUGUUACUAUGGGCCAGAAUACUCUGCUCUUACGAAUGUCAGUUAAACACGGCUUUGAUACAUUUUGACAUUGCUUUAACAGGAGACGAGCUUGCUUCGUAAACUUCUGUACACGAAUGCUGCAAGAGUUACUCAAGAUAAUGAUUUUUAUGCGUGGAAGGAUUCAUUUCUUUGCCUUUUAUUUCCCAGAGAACGCUCCCAAUUGUCGGGUAAGUUGAGCAUGUUAAAUAGAAAUAUAAGCUAAUUGAGAGCACCACAAACAAUCAGUUCGUGUUACGAAUAGACCUUGUCACAGUCUUCGACGCCAUCUUGACGAGCAGGCAAACGCGUGAGAAAUUACAGUGUUUGUAUGACAAUCUAAUGUCUAAUAAUUUCCGCAGAACGGGUGUUCUGAAUUUUAAACUAAAGCUUCACUCCUAAGGAUUCUACUGAAAAAAAUUGAGGGUGUUACACGCGCUAGAAGACCUAGAACCACUUUUUUAAAUUUUCUGUACAUUUGUCUGCAAGAACGUCCCGGGAAAAAUUACAGACAAAUAUAUGGAAAAUCGAAAGCAAUCUUCUGGAGAAAUUGAAGCACAGGUACGCCCCCAAAAGUUUUUAGUACAAUCCUUUGCUUUGUAGCUUUAGUUUACAACUUGAUUCAUAUUUUUUUUCAGAACAGCGGUUUUAAGGAAAUUAUUGGACAUUAGAUUCUCAUACAAACACUGUAAUUUCCCACAUGUUUGCCUACUCGUCAAGAUGGCGUCGAAAACAGUGACAAGGUCUAUUAGACACAAGAGUCUUAGCCCGGUGCGUUUGGGAGCUUGAAGUUCCUGGUAAAGUGCUAGUUCAUUGCUGGAAGGAGGUUGGUGGGUCGUGUGGGAAGAGUAUGAAACACUGAACAAUCUGAGCGCUUUUUGUUGUUCUAUUCACUAUCACUACCAGUCUCGUUCCCAGGGUUCUCUCUCUUGCUUAAGAGAGAGAACCUUGGGAACGAGGUCAUUUUCCAUUGUUCCUGUGAGGUGAUCGACAUUUUCUAAUGUCUUUCACACAGUGCGAUUUCACCUCCAUAAAACGGAAUAAACCAAACGCUUUUAACUUAGUGUGUUUAAGAGAUCUUACUACUAUUAUAAGAGGCAAUUUUUUUAUUAUUAGGGACAAGUUUUUGUUUAUCUUGUAAGAUUAAAAAUUGGUAUUCAAAGAAACAAUAAUCAGUAUCUGUCACGGCGUAGUAUGUGCCAUCUUAAAUCUGUAAAGUAAAAAUUAUUUUCCCCUAAUGAGAAGUGAUAAAACUGACACCAAAAGCAUGUUAACCUCUGUAAAUUGACCUACAAAAUAUUUGUGACCCAAUGUACCUCAUUCCUAUGCAAAAGUCGGGAAAAAUGGCUUGCAGACUGCAUUUCUUGUGGUUUUGACACGACAGACUGGGGUAAGUUGUACAUUGUAAGUUGUACGGAUUUGAGACCUAGUAAAAGACACGCAAUGCAAAUUUACCUCUAAAAUGUUGACGUACCACGCCUCCUUGACACCGUGGAGACCUGCGCGGAGAAAGUGUCACUAUUUGAAAAUAUCGUUAAGAUGGGUCUAGACUUUAUUACUCCCCUGCGAUCCAAAACUCUUCAUCGAAGCGAGCCUCCGUGGUUGAAUGACAAACUCAAGAACUUGAUCAAACGACGCUAAUGUGCCCUUGCAAAAGGAAAUAUGGAUACCUUUCGAAUGCUCAGAAAUUGCGUGAAUCGUGAGCGUAAGAUCUGCCGGGCAAAGUACUACGAAGCAAAGGUUAGCCAUUUGAGGGAGUGCAAGCCAUCCGUGUGGUGGAAAGAGGUGAAAAAGCUCAGCGGCAUGUCAUCUGCCUCAGAAACGCGGGACAACACCAGCAAAUUACUGCAACACCUAGGUUUUUCACCAGGUGCCCUGGCAAAUUACAUCAAUUCAGCGUUCCUGACCCCAAUGUAGAUUUUUGAGCCUCUUACCCACAAUCCUUUUGACCCACCACAAGCCAACAACGAAAGUCAUGCCGUAAGUAUGAUAUCGGAGUUUUCAACUUUUAUGACACUAUCUGCACUCAACCCCUCCAAAGCACACGGGCCAGACGGUAUCCCGGCAUGGUUAUUAAAAGAAAACGCUGAUCUCUUGGCGGGUCCAGUCUCUCCGAUCCUCAACUCCUCGUUCCACGAAUCCCGCCUUACGCCUUCUUGGAAAGAGGCUGACGUUGUCCCGGUCCCAAAACAAAGGCCUAUUAAUGAUAUUAACAAGCACCUAAGUCCGAUUUCCCUUACGCCUAUCCUGUCUAAACUCGCUGAAGAUCACAUUGUUGAAAAGUACGUUAAACCUGCUGUGUUACAAAGAAUCGACCCUCGACAAUUUGGAACUAUUCCCAAAUCGUCAACUACACAUGCUUUGGUCAAUAUGACGCAUAAUUGGCUUGUUAACACCGACGGAAAUGGUGCCACGGCAAGAGUAGUCCUACUUGAUUUCCGUAGGGCCUUUGACCUUAUCGAUCACAGUGUUCUUGUUCAAAAACUAACAACAUAUGAUAUUCCGAGUCAAGUCAAAGGUUGGAUUGUUGACUUCUUGAUGGACCGGAAACAAAGAGUUAAACUUGCUCAGGAUUGUCACUCUGAAUAGCGCUCUGUGCCUUCCGGUGUCCCCCAGGGAACAAAACUAGGCCCCUGGUUAUUUCUUGUCAUGAUUAAUGACUUGGACACACCAGUUGACAUGUGGAAAUACGUGGAUGAUACAUCUUGUUCCGAAAUAGUUACAAAGGGUAGUGAGAGCAAACUCCAAGAAGCUCUGGAUGACCUUUCGAGACAAGCGAGUCUCGAUGGGUUCCAACUGAAUGAGGCCAAGUGCAAAGAACUUCGAAUUGGAUUCUCCAACAGCAACCACGAUUUUGAACCCCUAGUCCUAAAUGGCAAACCCCUUGAAUUAGUCACCAGUGCCAAAUUGCUAGGCGUGACCAUUAGCCACGAUUUAAAGUGGAACAUGCACUCCUCUGAACUAAUUAGAAAAUGUUCCUCUCGUCUCUAUUUUUUACGUCAACUCAAGAGAUCCGGAGUGGCACCAAGUGAACUGGUGCAAUUCUAUGUGACAUGUAUUAGGCCCGUCCUGGAAUACGCAAGUCCUGUAUUCCAUCGUUCUCUACCAAACUACAUCAGUGAAGAUUUGGAACGGAUCCAAAGAAGGGCUUUCAGAAUCAUCUAUCCUGACCUGUCAUAUAGUGUAGCACUAGAAACAGUUGGCCUACCGAAACUUCAUGAGAGGAGAGAAAAGAUUUCAAUCGAUCUGUUUGACGAGAUCGUCUGUAACCCCACCCACAGUCUCCAUAGCCUCCUCCCCCAAAGGAAGAGUUGUAAAUAUGCUCUGAGACGCAAAAGUGAUUUCACUCUCCCCCUAUGUAAAACCGAGCGUUUGAAGAAAAGUUUUAUUUUUAGCCAUGUCUAUAAGAUGUGGAUAAUUUUUCUUAUUUUCUCUUUGUUAUCAUCAGUAUUUGUAAAUAUCCCGUAAUUCAGCCUACGGCUGCAAUGGUGUUUAUAAUAAAGUAUCUAUCUAGUAUCUAUCUAUACAUCGUGGCCUUCACUAUGCACCAAUGAACCUAAACUAUGAGCCUUUCAAUUGAAACUUCUGCCCAGAAAAUCAUCAACUGUUUCCUUUUCAAAACUGGAAUGAUUUCUAAUAGGCAACUCUUUACACCUCUUUCGGGAAUGUCCUUUCGAUAAAUCUGUUUGGAAUGUAAUUGGUAACUGGAUGAAAAAGAUCUCUUGGUUCCUUAACCAGGAUUUCUUAUUUCUCUCUUGCUCAGGCUCCCUAAAAGAUGCUACAAACCUGUUUUUUCAUCAUGUACUUUUAAUAAUGUUUCACAAUUACGGGGUUAUUUACUUUGUGGUGUUCAUCUUGUAAUAUUUAAACUUGUGUUAUUCGAAGAAAAAUAUUUUUGUGUUCUGUCAUAUCUAAUGAAAAUUUUUUUAAUGCUGAUUCUAUUUCUAAUGUCACAGAAAAGGAGGACAAGGAAAGGAACAAUUGUGUUUUGCCUCUAAGUGCAACAUCAACUACACCAGACUCUUUUCAAGAUAAUCGUUCUGAGCUCCCAACAAACUUGUUGCACAGUGGAAAAAUGGACCCCUGGUCUACUGAGCAUGAUCGUGUCUCCGAUUGUAAUCCUCCUCAGGGGACAGCUUCAGUCAAAGUGCCAAAAUGUGCCUUUUGUCAAAUACAUAAAAGCGAUUUAAAGAGAUGUUUGGGAUGUGAGAAAGUAUCGUAUUGCGGCAGGAUAUGUCAGAAACAGCACUGGAAAGUUCACAAGCCUGAAUGUCAACAAGCACGCAAUAAGAAUACCAGAUUCGACAAUCGCCCUUAA